CUUUUCAAGUGCUCGGAAAAGUGACAUAGGCACGCAGAGCUCAACUCUUUACAGACCGACAAACUUUCACUGCCGAAGUACGAGCGCUACACCGCUGCUGCCUCUUGGUACUCCCCAUCCCAACGCGAGUGAGCGAGACCCGAGACAGUCUGCUAUGAGAAAAUGUCCGUGAAUGAAGUAUACGUGUUCCGGCCGUUCAAACUGAUCGCUCUUCUCUGCGUGUUUCUCGCACUUUGCCUGGACAUUGUCGCGCUGCUGAGCCCCGCGUGGGUGACGGCGGAUGGCUACGCGCUGUCGCUAUGGGAGUCAUGCAGGGAGAUCGAGACCGACUGGAGCUGCAUCUCCACCCUCAAGUCUGACUGGCAGAUAGCGACGCUGAUAUUGCUAUUAGCCGGGGCAUCUGUGACAUUAGUGGCAUUUCUAAUCGCGCUGAUCUCUUUGUGUAAAGGCACACACAGGAAGCACUAUCGUAUGGUUGCAGUGUUCCUCUUCUCAGCAGUGGUCCUCCAGGCAUGUGCUCUGGUUCUCUACCCGAUCAAAUUCAUCGAUGGCAAAGUCUUGCAAACGUAUCACGAGUUCAACUGGGGCUACGGGUUGGGCUGGGGCGCCACCAUCUUCAUGCUGGGAGGAGGAAUCCUAUUAUGCCUUAGAACAGACAUGUAUGAAGAUGCCAUGUACUAAGACAAUACAUGAUCAUGCUCACUCAGUAGACUCAAACACUAUGCCUGUCAAAGCAAGUAACCAAUGUCUAUUACAUCAAGAACAGGAUACCCACAUGCAGCACACUCACAACACAUACAAACAUAGGCUACGUUCCAACCCCAUGUUAUGAGAAUUCAUAAGUAUUGAAUGAGAAUUGUGACUGAAACUGACUGAAAAUGUAUGAUUUGUAGGUAAAACAUCAUGAAUAUCCCCUCCCUAAACCUAACCCUCAGGGGGGAAGAGACCAUACAAAUUCAUAUGAAUUUGCAACCAAAUAUUUGUCAUGGGACUGUGUUGGCUGCUUCCCAAUGCACAUGCUUAUGCUAUGCGUUGUUUGCGUUUGUGCACUCUUUAAAAUAAAAGUUCUUUAUUGGCAUCUAUAGUUCCAUGAAGAAAGUUUAACAUCCAUGGAACCUUUCAUUCCACAAAAGGUUAUAGUUGAAAAGGGUUCUUCAGAUUAUUAAAGUAUUCUUCACACUAAGAAAAACAUGAUUCUUUUAAGAACUGUUCACUGAAAGGUUCUUUGGGGAACCAAAAAUGGUUCUGCUAUGGCAUCACUUUUGGAACAUUUAUUUUUAAGAGUGCUAAAUUCUUUUUUCUACUUAACUUUAGGUUUAUACAUUGAAAAACAGCUAUUGUUGCUUCAACCUUGACAGUUUUCUUCAACUGAAACUCUCAAAUGAGAGUCAUCACAAACGCCUCUGUUUCCAUUGUGUGCUGAUAAACUUUGAAAAUCUAGAAACUAGAAAGAGUAUGCAGUCACAGCACCCUUUACUCUUUAAAAAAAGGUUCUUUAUUGUCAUCUAUAGCUCCAUGAAGAACGUUUAACAUCCAUGGAACCUUUCCAUUCCACAAAAGGUUCUUUAUGAUUCUUUUAAAAUGAUUCUUUUAAAAACUGUUCACUAAAAGGUUCUUUGGGGAGCCAAAAAAUGGUUCUUCUAUGGCAUCGCUAUGAAAUCCCCCUUUUAAAACCUAUAUUUUUAAGAGUGUUGGUACUAAUUUUAUACAAUUUUCAUUGUACUGUGAUUUGGGACAUUCUAAUUUAGGACAGACAGUAUGCGAAUUGGGAUGCAGCCAUAUACAAGUACACACGAUCUAGCAUAUUAUAUAUACAAGUACACACACUCUAACACAUUACUCUGUUACUCAUGUACAGAGUGUGAAGACCUAAAAUGAGCAUGAUGGAUUGUUGUUACAAGCUUCAGAACGGAUGAUGUAUGAAGACCAACUGUGUGAACUGGACUGCAAGAAUUCAGAGUGUUGAAAUUAAAUGUCCUGAUGGAUGUUUUAAGAGAUGGGUUUGUGCCAUACCCACUUGGUUUGGCCCUUUUUAACCUUUCAGCAGCAUAUCCCAUGGAUCUCCUUCAAUAAGGAAGGAAAAGUAAUGGAGCAAGUUCUCGAGGGAUUGUUUUCUUUAUGAAAAAGGUAUCCAGUAUAUAUAGUUGCUUUUACCAUUUUGUAUAUUUCUUGUGUUGCGCUAUAUGAUAGAGAACAUAUCAUCUUGUUAAUGUGUUUAUAGUAUUAAGAUGUUUGGAUUUGAAGGAUAUAUAUUUUAUGUCAUGUUGUUUGAUAUUUGCUGUUUUUAAAAUACUAACUAGAUUUUGGAGAGAAGACCUUUACUGGGGCUUUACAGCUCAAACAUAUCAGUUUCCUUUCUCCGUUUUAAAAUAGAACAAUAAAACAUACUGUUGAAAAAAGCA